AUGUCUUCUGUAAGGACCUUGUCUGUGUCACUGCUCCUGCUGCUAAAUCUGGUGACUAUGGUGACUGCGGGAAUAAUAGUCCCACAAAAUCCAGGAUGUCCAAAUGCAGAGGACAAGAAUUUUCCCCAGACUGUGAGGCUCAACAUUAAUAUCAUUAACAGGAACACAAACUCCAGAAGGUCUUCACAUUACUACAACCGAUCCACCUCACCUUGGAACCUCCACCGCAAUGAGGACCCCGAGAGAUACCCCUCUGUGAUUUGGGAGGCUAGCUGCCGCUACAAGGGCUGUGUCAAUGCUGACGGGAAGGAGAACCUCCACAUGAACUCCGUCCCCAUCCAGCAAGAGAUCCUGGUCCUGAGAAGGGAGAAUGCACAUUGCCCUCGCUCCUUCCGGCUGGAGAAGAUGCUGGUGACUGUGGGUUGCACCUGUGUCACCCCCGUCAUACAACACAUGGGCUGA